AUGUCCCUCCAGGUCAACGACCCACGGUCGCGCACCCGAUCCAAGUCUCCUGGGCGAGAGCGCUCACGAUCACGGUCGCGCGACAGUCGAGUCCCUGCUGUCUCACCCUCGCCCUCAGACCGUCCACGCGAGCGCGAGCGCGAUCGCGAUCGUGACCGCUCGCCUGCCAUCGAGGUUCGCGGACCCAAGUCUACCACCAAUUACGCUUCAGAAGACGACGCCGAGAUCGAGCGUCAAUACAAAUUGCUCAAGGAGGGCCGUCUCCGCAAUGAUGACUCGCGGGAUGUCGUCUCGCGUGCUCCUCGUAGCCCUGCUCCCUACGACGUGCGUCGUUCAGAAGAUGAUGACAGUGACCGCAGACGCCGCGAGGGCACCUCGUCGCGUCGUCGUCACGACCCCUACCCAGAUCGUUACGAGCAUUCGGACAAGGAAGAUGAUCUGAAGCUGAUCCAGCCGCGCGAGCACGACUCUCGCUCGCAACGUCGUUCCUCGCCGCCGCGUAGUCGACAUGAUGACUCGGACUCGGAUGAUGGACUCGCCUAUGGCAACAAUCCUGGCUCGCACCCAAGCUAUGCCCGUCCCAGUCGGUACCAAUACGCGCAGCCAACAGCAAACUACCCGCCUUCUCAGCCUCAGCAGAAGCCCCAACCCUCCGACUGGGCUCCUGUUCCGGAGUGUGAGCGUCCGGGCUUCGUCCCGCCAACCUCCCAGCCUCCUAUCUCGUCCGAAAUGCCAGGCGCCUUCCCGCCUGCGUCGAGUUAUGUUGAGAGUCCCGCGACGAGCGCACCGUCUUUCCCUAUGCCGCAAUAUGCGGGCAUUCCGGCGACGCAGCCGCUCCCGUAUGUCUCCGGCGGAGGCCACUCACAGUCGCACUAUCGUACUGCCUCGGCGAGUGACGUCUCGGUAUCGCAGGCGGGGUAUGCUCAGCCAGGUCAAUUCCAGUAUGCGCAGGUUGACCCCAACGUACGCUAUACUUCCAAGACUACGCCGACGAUGCCUUAUACUGCCUCGGCGAAGGAACAGUUUGGCAGACAGCCUGAGCAGUAUAAUAGAUUGCCGGACCAGCAUCGUAGACUGCCGGAUCAAUAUAGCAGCAAGGCACCAGAACAGCCUGCCUGGCGGUAUAGCCAUGAUCCCCAGUUUGGCGAUAAACCGCAGGCCCACGCGCCUCCGCAUUCGCAUUCGCACUCUCGCUCGCAAUCACAGUUGCCGGCUCCGCUUCAGCAUCAGCAGCAGAUUGUGGAGAUCACCCCCGGUGGCGGACGCGGCCGUCCCCACAGUCUGUCUGUGUCGUCAGCGAACAAUCUGGCCGUUGCCGCACCUGGAGGCCAUAUCGGCCACCCACCUGCGAGUCCAUUGCUGGAACCGUAUCAUGGCACCUAUCAAUCGAUGUCCCCCAUGCCAUCGCCCAUCAUGAUGCCAACCCGGGACGAUGAGAUCUCAGACCUGGAGCCUCUAGAUGGCGGCAGCUCGCUUUCCGAAUCCGGAAAGCGCAAGAAGAAAGCCUCAUCUUCCCGCGAGAAGGAGAAGGAAAGAGAGAAGGACAGCCGACACCGCAGCAGCAAGGAAAAGAUGCGAGAGAAAGAGCGUGACCGUGACUAUGACCGUGACUAUGACCGCGACGACCGCAAAGACGACAAGCGACGCACGACAAGACCAUCCGCUCACGACCGGCACGACUCAACCUCCUCCUUCCGUGGCGGAGACAGCGACAGCCUAGUCCUAAUCUCACCAACAACCGGCCGCAAGCGCGUCUCCUUCUACGACGCCUCAUCCGACGCCUCAUCAAUGCAAUCCGCGCUCAACCACACCCGCAACAUCGACAACAAAGCCAUCCUCUCCAUCCUACCACGCCUAACAUCCGAUGAAAUCCUCACCCUGCGCGCAGAGUACAAGAACAAAGUAAAAAUGCACGGCAAGGGAAUCAAUCUCGCCAAACACCUCCGCCUAAAGCUAGGCAACUCCUCCUUCGGAAAAGUAGCGUACGCCACCGCCUUGGGUCGCUGGGAAUCAGAAGCAUACUGGGCAAACUGCUACUACCAAGCCGGGACCUCACGGCGCGAAUUACUCAUCGAGUCACUAAUCGGACGCUCGAAUUCCGCAAUCCGCGAAAUCAAAAACUGCUUCCGCGAUACCCGCUAUGAUAAUAGUCUCGAGCGGUGCAUGCGGUCUGAGCUGCGCGCGGAUAAGUUCCGUGUUGCGGUUUUGCUGGCGCUUGAGGAGAGAAGGCAGGAGGAGCGCGAUCCGAUUGAUUCUAGGCUUGUUAGGGAGGAUUUGACGGAUCUUCAUCGUGCGCUGGUUAGUCGGGAUGGGGGUGAGACGGCUAUGAUUCAUAUCAUUGUUAGACGGAGUGAUGCGCACUUGCGUGAGGUGCUGCGUGCUUAUGAGAGUGUUUAUGGGCAUAAUUUUGCUAGGGCUAUGAUUGCCAAAUCGAAGAAUCUGGUGGGUGAAACACUAGCCCACAUUCUAAACGGCGCGAUAAACCGGCCCAUGCGUGAUGCGCUACUCCUCCACCAAGCUCUCCGUGAAUCCAGGACGAAGGGUGAACGGUCUGAAUUGCUCAUUUCUCGACUCGUUCGCUUGCAUUGGGAGCCUAGACACCUUGAGCAGGUUAAGGCUGAGUACCGGAGGAGAUAUAAUGAGCGUCUUGAGGAGGCUAUUGCUGAGGAGGUUAUGUCUUCGACGACUGGGGCCGAGUGGGGGGGAGUUUUGUAUUGA